AUGGGGGAUAGGCAAGCAGAUCCCGUUCCAACACCAAUCACGCCGCCAUCGAUACAGAGUCUCCCAACAGUCUCACUUUGGGCUCCAAUCGUGCUUGGUUUGAUUGGUUCAUCAUCACAGCUGCGUAUCGCAAGCAGGGACCAAGUAACACAGGAUGAUGAACUGGGGAGAGAAGUGGAGUCCUUGAUAAGAAGGAGAACCUCAUCUUCAGCCCUGCCCCUUAGGAUACUUCAAGGUAUGCGUACAGUAGCAGCAGCUUCUGAAUCAGAAAAUGGUGGAAAUGGAAGUGGUAGAAUGAUCUUGUUUGAUCCAAUCAAUGAUGAAGCCUUGGUUGUCCAAGGCUCAUUUGAUGUUACUAACCGUGUUCAUACUCAUAACCCAAGUCAUAGGUCUGCCGGCUCCUUUGGUGAUUACAUCAUGGGACCUGGUUGGGAUCUUUUGUUGCAGUAUUUGUCUGAGAAUGACCCAAACCGACAUGGAACUCUACCAGCUUGGAAGGAAGCAGUUGAAGCAAUGCCAACUGUUACUGUAAAUGGCAAUGUGCAGUGUGCAAUAUGUUUGGAGGAUAUUGAGAUUGGAAAUGAAGCAAAAGAGAUGCCGUGUGAGCAUAAAUUCCAUGAUGGGUGUAUUAUUCCUUGGCUUGAACUUCAUAACUCUUGUCCUGUCUGCCGGUUUCAGUUGCCGUUGGACGAUUCCAAGACCGAGCCAAAUGGCAACAGGAAUACUGGCAGGAUAGGAACUGGAAGAAGGUAUUGGAUCCCUAUUCCAUGGCCUUAUGAUGGUUUAGUCACCUUACCCGGUUCUCAAAGUGAAUCCACUUCACCUCCCUCAUUAGAGGCUAUUCCAGGAAGUGAAAAUGCAGCUCAGGGAGAUGAUAACUGAACAUUUUUAUGCAUAUAUUAGUCUGCAAUAGAGCUGAUCAUGGGCUGGGCGGCCCGGCCCGGCCCGAAGGCCCGUCCGAAAAAUGAGAGGGUUUAGGUAAAAAUAUAAGCCCGAAAAAUGGGCUUGGGCAAAAAAACGAGGCCCGUUUAGAAAACGGGCCGGGCCUCGAGUAAGAGUUUUUUGGCCCGGGCCCGGCCCAAAUUAUAUAUUAAUAUAUAUUUUUUAUUUUAUUUUUAAUUAUUUUAAAUUUUUAAUAUAACUAUUUUUUAUUAUAUUAUUAAUUUGUGUAUUGUUUUAAGAAUUGUUUUAGUAUUAUUUUUAUUUGUUUUAAUAUUUGUUUUUAUGUUUUUAAAUAUAUUUAAUUUAUUAUAUUUUUAAA